CCUUUCCUCCCCGGCACCGUCUGUGAGCUGUCGUCUCUGAAGUUGACUGUCCCCUCGACACACAUUCACAGUCUUUCUCCACGCCCAAACCACUGCGAUGGCCACUGCGUCAGCCAGUUGGUAUUCAAGCCAGGCUGCUUUGGGCGAACCACGACAGACUUCAACAGAGCAGAAAAACGGGCUCCAGUCCUCCAUAGCCGACCUUACCUCCGAGACUGAAGACAUCAUGGAAAGUUCCAUCCUAAAGCUUCCUCCAGAACUCGUCCAGCAGAUUCUGGCGUAUCUGCCAGCCCAAGAGCUUGCUCGUGUAGCCGUUACCUGUCGCUCUCUCGCUGAUCACGUCGAUAACGAGCUACUGUGGUUGAACCUGAUCAACUCUUACUUACCCGAGCCUAUCCAUGACCCUGGCCUUUUCGACUCCUUCCGUAGCCUCUACAUUGCCCAUCAUCCCUGCUGGUUUAUUCCUAAGCAUAAAAUCUGGUUCUCCGACACAGAACAUACAGGAAAUCUGAUUCUGGCGCGCUAUGAUCAUCGACGCGGGGUGAUCGAGGCCUACCGGGUCAUCGCAGAGCGACGCUCUCACCAGUUUCAAAUAUGGGACUGGAACCCAGAUGUCAUCAUACAAAGCUUUGAUCCAAGGGUCAGUCUAUGGUUGGACGACCCCGUCCUUUUGUUGAAACCCCAGCGCGAGGGGCGGCCACGCUAUCUACAGGGAGAAAUUCGCAUGCCGAUGGCUCUUGAGACGCAGCAUGUCUUCAAUGCUUUUUCACCCUCUUCGAAAUAUCUGCCUCCAGACCUCGAUAGCAGUAAGCAGUGGCCACCACCAACCAUUCCGAGCAAUCAUCGAGUCUAUCGUGAUGUCGAGCAACAGCUACCAGAGUGGGAACGCAAUCCUCGACAGCUGGAGGAGAUGUCCGAGUAUGGUUUCCGAAUCCGAAGGUGGGCGCAUUUCCGUCUAGGAAUUCCCAUCUUCGCCGCCGGUCGGAAUGAGACCCUCUCGACAUUUGCCACGCUCGACCCGGAAGUGUACACACCAACACCGCGCAAGCCAUACCAAGGCCUUUGGGUUGGCGAUUAUUCGGCGCACGGCUGCGAAUUUCUGCUUGUUCUGCAGCGCGACCGCGAUGGGUCGCUCGCGGCGGCCGAGCCGACUGACGGCGAAGCGACGCUACAGGGGAGCCUCGAGGCUAUCAAGCUGACAGGGGACCCAAACGUACCACGAGGGGAGAUCUCCUUUGCAGCCGAUGACAUCGGCCCUGGCGGCCUGGUGCGGAUUGCUGACGAAGGCCUUUUCCAAGGGGCAAGAAUUGUGCGCAGCCGAGGCCAUGUGGCGGGCCUUGGCUUCCGUGACGAUACUUUUAUCUCGUCUCAGCUGAUCCUGCUUUCAACGGACUGCGUGGCUCACUAUUGGGAAACCAUGGGCCAUAUCUCUUACUACCGCCGACUUGAUGUUGAUGCACUACUCCACACGUGAGGCCGAGUUGUCCGAAACAUUGCGGAUGCGCGCAUCAUGUCAUUUAUCUACUUCGCUCCAAUCUUGAAAGCUACCCAGUUACAUUGCUUUGGUGUCUUGCAUUGAAGUACGUUGCCGCUUCAAUAACGGACGUGGAUCAGAGCUGAGCACCGUGGCAGAGUAACCGACCCCUCCAUGGCAGUGCAACCAUUGGCUCUGGGGAUGGGGGCUCAAGUCUCAGUGAUAUCGCUUGCAUUCACAGCCCA